CACCAUAUAUAUCCAAAUUAAAAGGAAAACAUAGCAAGCCAUGGCUAAAUGCACAGCCUUCAUUGCCCUCCUCUUUUGUCUUCUCCUUGUUGCUGCUACUGAAAUGCAAAUGGCAGAAGGAAAAUAUUGUUGGAAGAAAAAUCACAAGUGGCAUGGACCUUGCCACUAUUCUUUCAAAUGUAGCCAGCACUGCAAGCACUGGUUUGGAGCUGAAUAUGGUGUUUGUAAGAAAUAUCAAUGGGGACACAAACAUCAUCACUUGACAAAUUAUGCUUGCUAUUGCUACUCUGCUUGCCAUUAAUCAGAAGGAACUUCACAGUCUCAAUAUCAACUUGUCUUUGAUCACAAAAUAAGAAGCUAUCUAUUUAUGUAUGUGUAAUAAAUAUACGCCAGCAAGUAGUUGGUGUAUUAUGUUUGUGUGACAAUAUAAUAAUAAGGUUGAUCAAAGGCUUUAGCCUGACUUC